GACUCAUCUGGUUAGCUGUGCAGAGGAAUUCAGAGUGACAGUCUGACAGCCCGAACUUUAAAACAAGUUUUUCUAUACAAAUAAAAAGAAAUGCAGACGGACGCCUAUAUAAUCCAUGUCAAUGGAUCAGUGGCCCACCCAAAGGUCCUCGACGUGCAUGUCAAUAUUCAAGGUCCCAACACCGUGGAUAAAUUAAAAGCACGAAAGCCAAGAUGGGCAGUGCGUGCAUCCGAGAUGUCCAGGAAAACCUUCAAUCCCAUCCGUGCCAUCGUGGACACAAUGACAGCUGUUCCCAAUCCCAACAAGAAGAUGAUCGCAUUGUCUAUAGGAGACCCAACAGUAUUUGGGAAUCUACCCACUGAUGAACAGGUCACCAGAGCCAUGAAGGAGGCCAUAGACUCUGAGAAAUACAAUGGAUACGCACCAAGUAUAGGAUACCAGUCCAGCAGGGAGGUGAUUGCUAAAUACUUUACCUGCCAAGACGCUCCUUUGGAAGCCAAGGACGUCAUCCUGACAAGCGGCUGCAGUCAAGCUAUCGAGCUAGCUUUGUCUGUCCUCGCCAAUCCUGGUCAGAACAUCCUGGUCCCUCGUCCGGGUUUCUCUCUCUAUAAGACAUUAGCCCUGUCUCUCGGAAUUGAAGUCAAACUGUACAACUUAUUGCCUGAGAAGUCAUGGGAGAUUGACCUGAAGCACAUGGAAUCUCUGGUGGAUGACAAAACUGCCUGCAUUAUAAUCAAUAACCCGUCAAACCCCUGCGGCUCCGUCUUCAGCAAGAAGCACCUACAGAAGAUCCUGGCAGUGGCAUCAAGGCAAUGUGUGCCCCUCCUUUCUGAUGAAAUCUACGGCGACAUGGUUUUUGAGGAAGGGGCUUUUCAUUACUUAGCACCACUCAGCACCAACAUCCCAAUCCUUUCAUUCGGAGGGCUCGCUAAACGCUGGCUGGUACCAGGCUGGAGAAUGGGGUGGAUUCUAAUUCAUGACCGGAAGGAAAUCUUUGGAAAAGAGAUCAGAGAAGGUCUUCUGAGGCUGAGCCAAAGAAUUCUUGGACCAUGCACCAUUGUCCAAGGUGCCCUGGAGCACAUUGUGAAAAGGACACCUCAAGAGUUCUACGAUAACACCAUUAACUUUAUCAAGUCUAAUGCUGACCUGUGCUAUACCACCCUCUCGUCUGUCCCUGGACUCUGCCCGGUGCGGCCGGCUGGGGCCAUGUACCUAAUGGUUGGCAUUGAUAUGGAGCACUUCCCAGAAUUUGAGAAUGAUGUAGACUUCACAGAACGGAUGAUAUCAGAACAAUCUGUCUUCUGCCUCCCAGCCACAUGUUUCGAAUAUCCCAACUACUUCCGCAUUGUCCUCACUGUCCCAGAAGACAUGAUGAUUGAAGCCUGCCGACGCAUCCGAGAAUUCUGCCAACAACACUAUCAGGGUGGAGAAGGGUCGCAGGACUUAGAAUGUGACAAAUAAAGUGGUUGGCGUUGUCCUGCUCACUUAUGGCUUUUCUACCUUCACCCUUAGUAACUCCACCACCAAACCCAGGACUUUAUUGUGUUGAAUCCAAGCCAGAGUUCUAACAUCCUCUCAGUCUUUAGCAGACAAACGGUUAUCGAUAUAUUGUACUUCAUAUUGUAUUAGACAAGCAUGCAUCAGAGUGUCCAUAUUUAAAUUAUUGUAAUAAUGACGUGUAAAACCCAGGGCUCAUCACCCAUGUGGUCACUAGCAGAGCUCAGACACUCUAUUGACUCAAUUUGGGGUGAGCUGCUUUCGCUGCUCAAAUGGCAAAAGUCUUUGCAAAUUAUUAGAGGCAGAAGUGCUUCUACGAAUAUUUAGUUUACAUGAAAGCAGAUCUUUAAUGAAGUUUGACUACAUACGUCAACUUUAAAACCCGUGCCUAUUAUUACGUUUAUUGCUCCAAGUCAGCAUUUUAUAGCAGAGAGUGGGGCUACCAUUAGUAAUGAUUCGCUCGUAGCUAUGUUCUGAUUGGCUGAAAAACACAGUGCAGCCAAUCAAAACACAGCUUUGUUUUAUUUAUUUUAAAUUUUCCUCUCCAUCAGACAUUACACACUUUCUCUUAAAUGUAGGACUUCACACAGCAGUAAAAUGUGCAAGAGGUCAUUUUCUUUACAGACAUUAUCAUG